AUGGCCACUGCACCCCCUGAGAAGGCCCCCAAACCGGGCCUCAACAUUUACGGAACUGCAGCUGUAAAUCCAUACAAGCUGACAAUCGCUGCCGAAGAGCUCGGUAUCCCCUUCAACUACAUAUCCUUGGACAUGGUCAAGGGCGAGCUUCAGUCUGAAUGGUAUCGGGCCAUAAACCCAAAUGGAAAAGCCCCUGCCAUCGUACACGUUCGCGACGAUGGCACGACCCAGACAGUCUUCGAGAGCGCUGCCUGUCUGCUGUAUAUGGCCAGCGAGUUCGACAAGGAGCAUAAGUUCUCGUAUCCUGUCGGAACUCCGGAGUACUGGACCCAGCUAUCUUGGCUCACUUGGCAAGUCGCCAGCCACGGGCCCAUGAUGGGUCAGGCCACACACUUCAACCGAUACACAUAUGAGCCAGUACCGUACGGCAGCUGGCGAUACACGGCCGAAGGCCGACGUCUCAACUCAGUCUUGGACAAGCAGCUGUCAACUCAUCCCUACGUCGCUGGAGAUCGCUUAACCAUAGCCGACAUGGCAGUCUUUCUGUACACAACAUCUGCGACAUGGUGUGGCGUGGAUAUCAACGAAUACCCUCAUGUGAAGACAUGGCACGACAAGGUGGCACAGCGACCCGGCUUUCAGAAGGGCUUACAGAUUCCUACGCCGUAUCCUUUCGGGAACGGAGCAGUAGAAGAUCCUACCAAGCUGGAAUGGUUUCUUCACAUUCGGCAAGCCGGUGCCCAAUUUAUCAAGGCGUCAACGGAGAGCUGGAAGGGCGAUCCUGUUCCGUUAGCUUCUGACUUUGCCAACUACGAAAAGAAAUAG